AGGCGGAAAGCCGGAAGUAAACAUUAGAUUACCGGAGCUUCUGUUGGAUGGAGUUGGGGUCGGCUUCUGCGGGACUGGAAAAAUUGGUUGGAGAGCCAGCAGUGAUGUACUGUGACCAUCGAAGCCUUAGAAGUGAAUGAUCUUGUCCAUUAGUGGGAGUUUAGAGUGGUUUAAAAGUUGCCGACUGUGCCUUGAGGAAUCAAACAUUAAAUAACUGGGCAAAAUUUGAUGACAAGAGAGGUACAAGAAAAACCAAGAGACCAAGAGGGCCUGGCACGUUGGGUCACGCCUGUAAUCCCACCACUUUGGGAGGCCAAGAGAAGGCCAGGUAGCCAUGUCAGCCACAGCUGUAGAUGCAGUUAAUGCUGCACCCCUAGUGGGGUCCAAAGAAAUGAGUUUGGAAGAACCAAAGAAGAUGACCAGAGAGGACUGGAGAAAGAAGAAGGAGCUAGAAGAACAGCGAAAACUGGGUAAUGCUCCCGCCGAAGUUGAUGAAGAAGGAAAAGACAUCAACCCCCAUAUUCCUCAGUAUAUUUCUUCAGUGCCAUGGUAUAUUGAUCCUUCAAAAAGACCUACUUUAAAACACCAGAGACCACAACCAGAGAAACAAAAGCAAUUCAGCUUAUCUGGAGAAUGGUACAAGAGGGGUGUAAAAGAGAAUUCCAUAAUUACUAAGUACCGCAAAGGAGCGUGUGAAAAUUGUGGGGCUAUGACACACAAAAAGAAAGACUGCUUUGAGAGACCUAGGCGAGUUGGAGCCAAAUUUACAGGUACUAAUAUAGCUCCAGAUGAACAUGUCCAGCCUCAACUGAUGUUUGACUAUGAUGGGAAGAGGGAUCGGUGGAAUGGCUACAAUCCAGAAGAACACAUGAAAAUUGUUGAAGAGUAUGCCAAAGUUGAUCUGGCAAAACGAACAUUGAAAGCCCAGAAACUCCAAGAGGAAUUAGCCUCAGGAAAAUUAGUGGAACAGGCUAAUUCUCCAAAACACCAGUGGGGAGAAGAGGAACCAAAUUCUCAGACGGAAAAAGACCAUAAUAGUGAAGAUGAGGAUGAAGAUAAAUAUGCAGAUGAUAUUGACAUGCCUGGACAGAAUUUUGACUCCAAGAGGCGAAUCACUGUCCGGAAUCUCAGGAUUCGAGAAGAUAUUGCAAAAUAUUUGAGGAAUUUAGAUCCAAAUUCUGCCUACUAUGAUCCAAAAACUAGAGCAAUGAGAGAGAAUCCUUAUGCCAAUGCAGGAAAGAAUCCAGAUGAAGUGAGUUAUGCUGGAGAUAACUUUGUUAGGUACACAGGAGAUACCAUUUCAAUGGCUCAGACACAGUUGUUUGCCUGGGAAGCCUAUGACAAGGGAUCUGAAGUGCAUCUACAGGCAGAUCCUACAAAGCUAGAGCUAUUGUAUAAGUCCUUCAAAGUCAAAAAAGAAGAUUUCAAAGAACAGCAGAAAGAAAGCAUCCUGGAAAAGUAUGGUGGCCAAGAACACCUGGAUGCCCCUCCAGCUGAAUUGCUUUUAGCCCAGACUGAAGACUAUGUGGAGUACUCAAGACAUGGGACAGUCAUCAAAGGACAGGAGCGGGCUGUUGCCUGUUCUAAGUAUGAGGAGGAUGUGAAGAUCCACAAUCACACACAUAUCUGGGGAUCGUACUGGAAAGAAGGCCGAUGGGGAUACAAGUGCUGUCACUCUUUUUUCAAGUAUUCCUAUUGUACCGGAGAAGCUGGAAAGGAGAUUGCUAAUUCUGAGGAAUGUAUUAUAAAUGAUGUAACUGGGGAAGAAUCUGUGAAAAAACCUCAAACCCUCAUGGAGCUGCAUCAAGAAAAACUAAAAGAAGAAAAGAAGAAGAAGAAAAAGAAAAAGAAGAAGCAUCGAAAGAGCAGUUCAGAUAGUGAUGAUGAAGAAAAGAAGCAUGAAAAAUUGAAAAAGGCACUGAAUGCAGAGGAGGCCCGCCUUCUUCAUGUCAAGGAGACCAUGCAGAUUGAUGAGAGGAAGCGGCCCUACAAUAGCAUAUAUGAAACUCGGGAACCUACUGAAGAGGAAAUGGAGGCCUAUAGAAUGAAACGUCAGAGACCAGAUGAUCCCAUGGCCUCUUUCCUUGGACAGUAGGAACUAGUCAGAAGACCAUCCAAGACAGAUGCAGCUGAUAACAUUCAGCAAGAAGAUUCAGCUUCUUGCUGAUGAUUGUAGAUAGAAAAAUCCUUGUCUACUCUUCUUGCUGCCUGGCUUUAAUAAAUCUUUCAGAUGUCUCACAGUAAGUUCACUCCUUUCCAUACUGAAGGAACAAAAA